UUUGAGUGGCUCGCUAACUUCACGAUCGCCAUUGAAAGCGGAAAAUUGACUUACCGAACGUAAACACGGAUCGUUUUUAAUUUAAUUGCGCUUGAAUUCGUCCAACUUUCGGCAGUUUCCACUCGUCAAAACCACCUUUCAUCGAAUUUCCCUAAAAAUGUAAACUCGCUGGACCGAAAUGAUGGAAAAACGACUAAUUCUGUCGCUGCUGCUCUUCGCGCUGGCCAAACUUUCGGCGGCGGAAGAAGAUUCGGCCGGCGAGCAAGGCAAAUUCGAGCCGUGGAGUCCGCUCGUCAAUUGCUCCUUCCUUCCGAGAGAAUUCAUCGAGUGCGACGAACCCGUGGACCACAAGUUCAACAAAUCGGCCAAGCAGAAGUUGGGACACGGCUGUGUCAAGUUUGGAGGAUACAAGUGGGAAGACGUGGAAAAGACCAACGUCACCUGCAGGGUUCUCUCCGACAUCGAGUGCUUCGGAAACAGAACCUUCUUCAGGGAUGGAGUCCCUUGCAUUAGGUACAGUGGACACUUUUUUGCCACGACCCUGCUGUACUCGAUCUUGCUCGGCUUCCUCGGCAUGGACCGCUUUUGUCUCGGACAAACCGGCACAGCGGUCGGGAAGCUUUUGACCCUCGGAGGGUUGGGCGUGUGGUGGAUUGUGGACAUAAUUUUGCUUGUGACCAACGGACUGAUGCCCGAAGACUUCAGCAACUGGAACCCUUACGUGUGAUCUUCCUAGUUUGUUAAUUAAGGUUCAGAGAGGGGCGUGUUGACUUUGGCCCACUUGGAAGAGACAAAAUAAUCACCAAAAAACAGUUGUUUUUCAUUGAUGUCAGCGUAAACGAAGCCAGGAAUAGUUUUCGCAACUCUUCUGAAGAUAAGAUCUAUUGA